AUGGCCCGCAGCCAUAUUGGUUCAGGAACGACUGUUCCCUGCCGCCGCUGGAUCCACACCAUGGGCCUGCUGAAGGUCGGCACUCCCCUGCAUUGGGAUGAUAUGUUGGAACACUGCAGCUACAUUCGUCGCCACGGUGUCCUCCAGUUCCUUGCGACCUAUCGUCGAAUGCAGCAUCUUGAGAACGACCCCUUCUUCUACGGUGACGAGUUGGAAUAUUCCCUUUUGAAACUUGAUUCAAGCAACAAGAGCGUUCGGUUGAGUUUGAGGGGCCCAGAGGUGAUGGAAAGGCUGCGGAAACAAGAACAGGAGAACGCUGCAGAAGGCCUGGGUUGCGCCUGGCACCAGGAGUACGGCAGUUGGAUGUUGGAGGGUACGCCAAAGCUUCCAUACGAUGGAUAUGCAUCAAGCCUUUGCCAAGUGGAACAGAACAUGCGACUGCGAAGGGGACGACUUCUUUCUGCCUUGGCUCCGGAUGAGGCGGCUCCAACUUUAGUCGCUUUUCCUCUGAUGGGCGUUGGGACCUUCACAUCACCUGGAGCCGCCGUGGGUGGUGAAGCCUCACAGUCACAGCUGGUGCCCGAUGCCUGCAUCAACCCGCACCCACGCUUCGGCACGCUGACGGCCAACAUCCGUCGGCGCCGUGGGGCUCCAGUGGCGAUUCAGGUGCCCCUCUUUCGAGACCAGAGGACACCUGCCAGUGAGAAGACCAUUGACAUGGAUUGCAUGGCUUUUGGCAUGGGCUGCUGCUGUUUGCAGCCUUGGCUCCAUCGGGGCGACGCCAAACGGCGUCCAGACCGCCGCGGGGCCGUCGCAAUGUUUCCCAUGUUCACAGUGCCGCUGGAGAUUUUGCUGCAUAUGACUCGGAUACAGGCGCAUGAAGAGUUAACGGAGGCUGGUGUACUUUGUGAAUUUUUGGCAACGAUGGGAAAAGCCAUGUUUGUGUCUCACCAAUGGGUCAGCAGUCACCAUCCAGAUCCUGACUCCGUCCAGCUCUCUGUGCUACAGAAAGCCUUGCAGAAUCUGCUAACGGGUCGAAGUCAGGUCUCCCUACCCACAGUUGUAGAGCUGGCGCAAGGGCGCUUGAAAUGCCCUACGGCAUCGGAGUUCAAAGCGCAGCCGCUCUAUAUUUGGUAUGACUACUUCUGCUGUCCGCAGGGUCAUUCCGUGGAAGCAACGGCCAAGCGGCAUUUGGCCAUCAGCUGCAUCGCCUCCUACGUGGCGAGAUGUGCGUUCUUUAUCAUUUUAUGCCCCUCCAUCUGCUCGCAUGGCCGCAACUUGAACUUUUCCAGCUGGGCGGCCCGCGGGUGGUGCCGCUUAGAGCAGCUUAGCAGGCAGCUCGCGCAGGAGGAGGGGUGCAUCAUCACCGUGAAAACGGCCAGCCAUCCGACAUUGAUGAUGACCACUGGUACGGCCGUGUGUACUCAGCCGGGCACUGGCGAAUAUAGCUUUGAGGAGGAUCGCAGAAAAGUCGGACAGGCGGUGCUUCAAAUGGUGUGGAAGAAAUUGCAUUUUCUUCUUGAAGCUGGAGAUCUUCAAGGAUCCCCUGGGGCCCUGGGGAAUUUCGGAGAGUUUGACCUGGCAGCCGCGCAGCCGAGCCGCUCGGGCCGAGGACUCCUCUUGAAUCUCCAGCGUUUCUACCUGGCCGGCUUUGACCUGAAGCCCAUGGAAAGUUUAGUGCCAGACUUCAACUCCCCAAUCGAUCCUGCCAGGGAUGCUGAAGGUUUUCUUGUGGCGCGUUUUCUGCACGAGAAUGGCUUCCGCCGAAUCUCUGAACGUGAUGCAGCAGGCUGGUCGCCAUUGUGCUAUGCGGUGUUGAAGGGCCAGGUGGACAUUGUGAAAAGCCUUUUGAAGUGCCGGGCAAACUGCCAAGAUCGCACCACCAAAUUCAAGAAGGAUUUGAAUUUGAGCAAGAAUCUUCCAGUGCUUUCUCUGGCGGCGCAUUACCACAGCAAUGAGGUGCUGCAACUCCUCCUCUCCAGUGGUGCCAAAGUCAACGCGCGCUGCGGUCACAGCUGCACUGCCCUCAGCUGGGCCGCGAUCUCGGACAACGCGGAGGCGGUCCAGCUGCUCCUUGAGGCCAAGGUGAAUCCCUUGCUGAAGGCCUUCCCCGACGUCAGCCCCUUCCGCACCGCCUGCGCGGUGGGCAGUGUGAAGGUCAUGCGGGCCAUGCUGGCGACCGAUCGCAUGGAGGUGAGCCUGCGCUUUUGCUUGCACAUGGCCUUGGCCUUCAGCGGAGAGAGCGACACCAUCAGUUUCUUGAUCGAUGCAUCGUGCGAUGUCAAUGAGCGGCUGAAGAUCCCUAUGAGUCGAAUGGCAUGGUGGGGCCUCAUGAAGUCAUUGCACGCAGUUCACCACUUGAGUCCCUCCAAAUUGACCGACUUGGCGUAUCAUCAUUAUGGUGCCACCCCCUUGAUCUUCAGCAUCUUGACCGGGAAGUUUGAAGUCAUUCCACUCCUGGUUUCCGCAGGGGCACGCAUGGACAUUCCAAACGAUCGAGGGAAGACGGCGGAAGAUUUCUUGCGAAAGAUGGAUGUCCCAGUCUCAUGGAGACCGGUCUCUCAAGGAGACCCCAACGAUGACGACGACAUCUCAGACUCACGUGAAACCAUCCUCUCAAUUUAA